GGGGCGGUGGGGCGGCGGGAGGCGGCGGCCGUUUGGGCUCAGCCCAUCCCGCAGCGGCGGCGGCCGGGAGAGCGGGCGGCGGCGGCGCUCCGAGCCGGCUCCUGACAGCCCCCGCCGCUGCCCAGUCUACCGCUUAGUCCCGGCGGUCCCGCCGGGCGGGGCCAGCCUCGCCCGCCGCCGCUUCUGCUGCCAUGGCCCUGAUGCAGGGCGCCGAGCCCGCGGCGGGGCCCUCUCGCUGGCUCCCCACGCACGUCCAGGUGACCGUGCUGCGGGCCCGCGGGCUGCGGGGCAAGAGCUCGGGCGCGGGCAGCACCAGCGACGCGUACACGGUGAUCCAGGUGGGCCGCGAGAAGUACAGCACGUCGGUGGUGGAGAAGACCCCGGGCUGCCCCGAGUGGCGCGAGGAGUGCUCCUUCGAGCUGCCGCCCGGCGCCCUGGACGGCCUGCUGCGGGCGCAGGAGGCCGACGCCGGCCCGGCGCCCUGGGCCGCGGGCUCCGCCGCCUGCGAGCUGGUGCUCACCACCAUGCACCGCUCGCUCAUCGGCGUCGACAAGUUCCUGGGCCAGGCCACGGUGGCGCUGGACGAGGUCUUCGGCGCAGGCCGCGCCCAGCACACACAGUGGUACAAGCUGCACUCCAAGCCAGGCAAGAAGGAGAAGGAACGUGGGGAGAUCCAAGUCACCAUCCAGUUCACUCGAAACAACUUGAGCGCCAGCAUGUUUGACCUGUCCAUGAAGGACAAGCCACGGUCCCCCUUUAGCAAGCUCAAGGACAAGAUGAAGGGCAAGAAGAAGUAUGACGUGGAGUCCGCGUCUGCCAUCCUCCCCAGCAGUGCCCUGGAGGACCCCGAGCUGGGCAGCCUGAGCAAGAUGGGCAAGGCCAAAGGCUUCUUCCUCCGCAACAAGCUGCGCAAGUCGUCCCUGACCCAGUCCAACACCUCGCUGGGCUCGGACAGCACCCUGUCCUCGGCCAGCGGGAGCCUGGUCUUCCAGGGCCCCGGGGCCGAGCUCCUCACCCGGUCCCCGAGCCGCAGCAGCUGGCUGUCCACGGACGGGGGCAGGGACACCGCACAGUCCCCCAAGUUGUUCACCCACAAAAGGACCCACAGCGACGAGGCCAGCCAGAUGCGAGCAGCUCCUCCCCGGGCCCUUCUCGACCUUCAGGGCCACCUGGACCCCGCCACCCGCUCCUCUCUCUGUGUCAACGGAAGCCACAUUUACAACGAGGAGCCCCAGGGCCUCUUGCGGCACCGCAGCUCCAUCUCGGGCCCGUUUCCACCCUCCAGCUCCCUACACAGCGUUUCUCCUCGGCCCUCUGAGGAAGGGUCCCGGGCCGCAGAUGACUCCUGGGGCAGAGGCAGCCGCCGCGCCAGCAGCUCGGAGGCAGUGCCUGGACAGGAGCUGAGCACUCAGUCCAAAGCGCUGGCCCCCGAGGCCAGCCCCUCUGGAGAGGAGGAGGGGGCCCCGCUCUCAGAGGGGAAGCCAGUGCAGGUUGCCACACCCAUGGUGGCCUCCUCGGAGGCGGUGGCGGAGAAGGAGGGAGCCCGGAAGGAGGAGCGGAAGCCCCGGAUGGGCCUCUUCCACCAUCACCACCAGGGGCUGAGUCGGAGCGAGUUGGGGCGCCGCGGCUCUCUCGGGGAGAAAGGGGGUCCCACCCCCGGGGCCUCCCCCCAUCAUUCAUCCACCGGGGAGGAGAAGGUCAAGAGUAGCUGGUUUGGCUUAAGGGAAGCCAAGGAACCAACUCAGAAACCCAGGGCCUCGAGGGCCGGUCCCACCCCCCUGGCCUCCCCUGGGAAAGCCCUGCCUGAGUGGGAAGACACCUUCAACGUCUUUGCUGCCAGCAGGCUGUGUCCAGAGGCCAGGAGUGAGAUCCUGGCCCCUGCAGAAGUGGGGCUGCAAGACCCAGGCCCUGGGGCCAUGACAGUGAAGGCAGCUGAGCCCCCGGGGGGCCCAGGGGGAGGAGGAAGAGGUGGGAGCAGCGAGGGGCUGGAGCCCAGGGCUCCUCUGGACUUGGGACUGGACCACCAGAGUUUGAGUGCUGCCGCCCCGGGGCCCCUGGGGUCUGUAGAGGCCGGCCAGCCCUCCACGUCAGCCUUGCUGCACCCGCGAGCCUCAGACUCAGAAGCAGACAGGGAGCCGACGGCCCCAGGAGGGGAAGCAGGGCAGAGUCCAGCAGACAGUUCAUCUCUGUUUAGCUCCCCGGAAGUGAUCAGUGUGUGGGAGAGGCUGCCAGGCCCAGACGACGCCCCUGAGGGCCAGCGUGAGGAAGCUUCCAGAGGCAAAAGGCAGCUUUUGCAGGAGCUCAACACGAUUGACGAUUCCUGGCCUUGGGAUGUGGUCACCCUUUCUCCUGGGGCUGAGACGUCCUCACCACUCAUACGGGGAGAGUCCGACGAACUGCCUCCCCCCACUGUGAAGCCAGAGUCACCAGAGCCUGUGAGCCCCAAGGGGAACCAGGGGCUCCCCCAACUGGAGCUGGAGCCAGAGCCCAAACCCGAGUGGAUGCUGGACAAGGGGCUGCCGCCCAGCACAGUGCCUCCCAAGCCGCCCCGCCUCUUCAUACCCGCAGCUUACCAGGAGGAGGAGGCUACAGGGGGGCUGAGUGGCAGGGGGGCAGAGACAGGAGAAGGCGACGCAUUCCUAAGUGAGCUGGCUGCUGGUUCCCAGGAGGCCAAGGAGGACGGCCAGAAGCCAGGGUCCGAGUCUGACAGCUGUUCUUCGGGAACCCUGCUGGGUGAGCCAAGCCUGGAGGAGCCAGUGGAGGACGCCAGCCCUCCUGUGUCUGUAUCUCUGCCCACCAGCUGCCCUGAGGGUCCUGCCCCCAUGCCCUCUCGCUCAAAGAGCCUGGCUCUUCAGAGCCAGCAGAUCUGGGGGGCUCUGGAGAGAGGACAAGGCCCUGAGGCUCCUGAGGCCCAGAGCCGGGAACCAGCAGGAGAGGGGCUUGGACCCCGGCUGGGCAGCUCCCCGCAGCCUGAUUUGUGGGCUUUGGAGGAGGAUGCCUUAAACCCUUUCUUGUCUCAGGAGAGCCGAGAUCCCCCCAGCCUCCCGUCCACAUCCCCUCCCGAGUCCAGGGAAUCAUCCAUCCACUCUGGACCGGAAGAGCUGCCCACACCCCCGGAGCCCACCUUUCCACCGCCCCCUCUCCCGCCCUGGGCCAGCCACUGCCACGGGGGGCCCAGUUCUCCGUGCUCUCCUUUGCCUGGAGCCUGGCCCCUGACCUCUUCCUCCCUGUCCCCCGGAGAGCCAGCCUCCCCCCCUGGGGGCUCCCCUGCCCCACUUGGGGAGGACCACGCUGCAGUCACCCCAGCCUCCCCGCUUGCGCUUCUGCCCUUGGAGACACGACCAGCUGAGGAACCACAGCCCAGUGACAGUCCCCACCCUGUGAAGCCGCUCAGUGCUGCCCCUGUGGAGGGCAGCCCCGACAGGAAGCAGCCCCGCUCCAGUCUGAGCACAGCCCUGAGCAGUGGGCUGGAGAAGCUCAAGACAGUCACGUCUGGCAGCGUUCAGCCUGUGGCUCCGGCCUCCCAGGUUGGCCAGACUGUGGACACCAAGAGGCUGAAGGAUUCUGGUGCGCUAGACCAGUCCGCCAAGUACUACCACCUGACCCACGACGAGCUCAUCGGCCUGCUCCUGCAGCGCGAGCGGGAGCUGAGCCAGCGGGACGAGCAUGUGCAGGAGCUGGAGAGCUACAUCGACCGGCUGCUGACAUCCUUCUAUGGCCGCUUCAGGCACUUCUUGGAUAUUAUCGACCCUCGCACGCUCUUUGUCACUGAGAGACGACUCAGAGAGGCCGUGCAGCUGCUGGAGGACUAUAAGCAUGGGACCCUGCGCCCAGGGGUCACCAAUGAACAGCUCUGGAGUGCACAGAAAAUCAAGCAGGCGAUUCUACACCCGGACACCAAUGAGAAGAUCUUCAUGCCCUUUAGAAUGUCAGGUUACAUUCCUUUUGGGACGCCAAUUGUGGUCGGUCUUCUUUUGCCCAACCAGACACUGGCAUCCACUGUCUUCUGGCAGUGGCUGAACCAGAGCCACAAUGCCUGUGUCAACUAUGCAAACCGCAACGCUACCAAGCCUUCACCUGCAUCCAAGUUCAUCCAGGGCUACCUGGGAGCUGUCAUCAGUGCCGUCUCCAUCGCUGUGGGCCUUAAUGUCUUGGUUCAGAAAGCCAACAAGUUCACCCCGGCCACCCGCCUUCUCGUCCAGAGGUUUGUGCCCUUCCCCGCCGUAGCCAGCGCCAAUAUCUGCAACGUGGUCCUGAUGCGGUACGGGGAGCUGGAAGAAGGGAUCGAUGUCCUGGAUGGUGAUGGCAACCUCGUGGGCUCCUCCAGGAUCGCAGCCAGACAUGCCCUGCUGGAGACGGCGCUGACGCGGGUGGUCCUCCCCAUGCCCAUCCUGGUGCUCCCUCCCAUCGUCAUGUCCAUGCUGGAGAAGACGGCUCUCCUGCAGGCGCGUCCCCGGCUGCUCCUCCCUGUGCAAAGCCUCGUGUGCCUGGCAGCCUUCGGCCUGGCCCUGCCUCUGGCCAUCAGCCUCUUCCCACAGAUGUCAGAGAUCGAAACUUCCCAGUUAGAGCCUGAGAUUGCCCGGGCCACCAGCAGCCGGACAGUGGUGUACAACAAGGGGCUGUGUGCCCCCGGCAACAAGGCUGGGCCUUUGACAUCUUUCCGGUGACUUUAACAUUGACCAAGCCCCCAGGACAUUCCAGGCACCAAGAACUAUACACAGAAAUCCUCAGACUAGAUGGAGGCUUGGAGACACAAGUCAAGCCACCCCUCAGCCUUCUCUCCUCGCUGCUCUCUCACCUUGAGGGACAGGCACAGGGUGAGGACUCCAUUUCCCAUCAUUUGAUCAUGUGAGCUGCUCCCACUCUGAAGGUCAA